AGACAAGCACGCGAGUAUUUUAUCCUACUUGGUUCUAUUUCUCCCUCUACGGGAGCCUCGGCUCUCCCUCAACACGCAGCAGGCUGAACACAGAGUCAUGGAACUGACAUAACAACGCAGCCAGCGCAGCGCCGGAACCCCGCGCUGCCGAAGUGUUGUGGUGGAGCCAGCAUGGCGGCUCCUCUGGAGGUGAUAGUGAGCAGUGACUCUGGCUCUCAGAUGUGGAACAGCACCGUGUUCGACCUGCACAGCGGCUCCAGCCUGCUGUCCUACCGGGGAGGGAACAGCUCUGCCCGGACACUGAGCGUCCUCGGCGGGGAGUACCUGCUGUCCGCCCAGCUGGGGAAGAACUUCAUCAACGUGUGGGAGAUCCAGAGGAAGGACCAGCUGCAGCAGAAGGUGGUGUGUCCAGGUGUGGUCACUUGUCUGACCGCAUCACCUAACGGACUCUUCCUCGCUGCUGGAGUCGCUGAGGCUGUUUACCUGUGGGAGGUGUCCACAGGUAAGCUGCUGUCUGUCCUCAGUCGUCACUAUCAGGAUGUCACCUGUCUGAAGUUCACAGACGACAGCAGCCAUUUUGUUUCUGGAGGAAAAGACAACCUGGCUCUGGUGUGGAGUCUGUCCAGUGUGAUCCAGGUGGAUUUAAGCCACACCCCCGAGCCGCGUCAUGUCCUGUCUCGUCACUCUCUGCCAAUCACAGACCUGCACUGUGGCCUAAUGGGAGCUCAAGCCCGAGUUGUAACGGCGUCCUUAGACCAGACUGUCAAG